UUAUUUACUUUGUCUGUUGUGGUUGUGGUUCUUAUACUACCGGUAUCUUGUCUGGAAUUUGUUUUUAUUUUUGUUUUUUCUUUUUUUGCUAUUGCAAAAAUACUUUUUUCAUUUCUUGUUUAGAGAAAAUAUGGAAUUCUUUUUAAGAUUAAUACAAUUUAUGGUGAAAAUAGUUUAUUUACUAGUAUACUUUGUCUUGAACUUUGUACUGCCUCGAAAAAAAGAACAAACUAUACCACCGAUUAAAAACAAAUUAUUAACUUUAUCAUUAGUGCAAUUAGUGCAGCGUUUAAGACUGCAUCAACUAACUUCAAAGGAAUUGGUAGAAGCUUACAUAGAGCGCAUAAGAGAAGUCAAUCCCUAUGUGAAUGCGGUAAUAGAAGAGAGAUUUGAAGAAGCUCUCAAAGAUGCCGAAAGAGCUGAUAAUAUGCUUAAUAAAUGUCCUUUGGAUCAGACAAAGGCAUUGUUUACACAAUAUCCCAUUUUGGGUAUACCAUUUACCGUUAAAGAGUCUUGUGGACUAAAAGGUAUGUCCUAUGUUAUAGGUAGUUUAGAACGUGUGAAUAAGAAGGCUCCACGCGAUUGUACACCGGUAGAGAACUUUCGUUCGGCUGGCGGUAUUCCUUUAUUGGUAUCGUCUAAUCCGGAAUAUUGUUUUAGCAUAGAAACUAACACCUUUACAAAUGGCCGCUGCUUAAAUCCCUAUGAUUUUCGACGUACCUGUGGAGGAUCUUCGGGAGGGGAGGGUGCUUUACAUGGUAGUGGUGCCUCUUUAUUUGGCAUUGGAUCAGAUAUAGCUGGUUCAAUACGUAUACCUAGUUUAUUUAAUGGUGUCUUUGGUCACAAACCCACCGGAGGUUUAAUAUCAAAUCAAGGACAUUUUCCCAAUUCAGAUGAUCCCGAUUGUUUGGAAUAUUUGCAAAUGGGUCCUAUUACCCGCUUUGGCAGAGAUUUGGGUUUGUUGUUACAAAUAAUGGUGGGAAAAGAGGCGCAUAAAUUGGAAUUAUUAGCACCAGUCGAAACAAAAGACAUUAAAGUAUUUUACUGGUUUGGUUUUGAAGGUCUCAAUGGGUUUCUUCACCAAAGUGUAGCCUUCGAUAUACAAUUGUCUAUUAUGAAGGCCGUGAAAUAUUUCGAAAAGAAGGGCGCCACCACAGAACCCGCAAAAAUAAAACAUUUUCGUCAUUCUACUGAAAUAGCAAUGACUGGCAUUGGCCGUCUUAAAAAUUUUCCAUAUCUCAUGAGAAAUGACAAUAAACCUCCUACUGUUAGAGAAAAUUUAAAAGAGUUAAUUAAAAGUUUUUUGGGCUAUUCCAAAUACACCAAGGAAGCUUUAAUUUUUGAACUGAUGAGAUCGACAAAUGUUUUUAUGCCCAAGGCAAACAAUCAAAAAUAUGAAGCAGAAGCGAAACAAUUAAAACAAGAAAUUGUGGAUCUUUUGGGUUCGAAUGGGGUACUCUUCUUUCCCACCUUUCAUGUUCCAGCUAUUCAUCACAACACCAGUGUUUUUCCCUUAUGGGGCAUUGAUUAUUGUUUAAUAUUUAAUGUUUUGGGUUUGCCUUGUACUCAUAUACCCAUGGGUUUGGAUAGCAAUGGUUUACCUAUAGGAUUUCAAGUGGUAGCAGCUCCUAUGCGUGAUAAGCUGUGUCUUCAAGUUGCUGGUGAACUUGAACAGGGUUUUGGUGGCUGGGUACCACCUACGAAACAUGAUUUUAAAUAAAAAUUAUAUAUAUCUUUUAUAGAAUA